AUGUCAGAAAAACCCAUCAAAUUAACCAAAAAACAGCAAAAAGCAGCAGCCUUCAGAACCAAAAAGAAAGGAAAAGCAAUCCUAGAAGAACCAUCAGCAUUUCCAGAAGCAGAUGAAGAAGAAAAUGAACCGAUCAUACCAUCCAAAUCAACCAAAGAAACAAAAGAUAAAUCAGAAAAGAUUAUCAAAUCAAAUAAACGAAAACGAGAAGAUAAUACUUCGACUUCGAAAACUAAUAAAACAAAUGAAGAAGAAGAAGGAGAAGAAGGAGAUAAAGUGAUAGGAGCAGCAGCUAUAAGAAGAAAACGAAAAAAAGCAGCACAAGCUAGAAAAUAUGAAGAAGAGAAAAUCAAAAAAUCAUCGAAAUUGAUUUUGUUUGUUGGAAAUUUACCAUUUGAUAUGACGAGUGAAAAACUCACAUCAUUUUUCUUAGAACAUUGUGAGGAAGAACCAGAAGUACGAUUAAUGACACAUAAAUCGACCAAGAACGAAACUGGACAACCCACAAAUGCAACUAAAGGAUGUGGAUUUGUCGAAUUUAAAACCUCAGCUGCAUUACAAAAAGCCUUAAGAUUACAUCAUACACCGAUGAAUUGUGAAUCAACAGGACAAGAAAAUCAAAAGAAAUCCAGAAAGAUCAAUAUAGAAUUAACGGCCGGAGGAGGAGGUAAAUCAGAAAGUAGAUUAAAGAAAAUCGAAGUAUCAAAAGAAAGAUUAAAUAAACAACGUGAGAAACGGAUAGAGAAGAAUUUGAAAGAGAUCACAGAGAAAAGAUUGAAGUAUGGACUUGAAGCUUUAGAACCUGGUGAAGAAGAUGUGACCGUUAAGUUUGGGAGCAAAAAGAAAUCCGAAGAGGCUGGGCUUGAGGAAGGAAAAGCGAAUUGGGGAUCUAAAUCGAGUUCUGGUCCAGGUGCUAGUACAGUUACUCAUUCUUCUAAAUCUUCUAGAUUUAAAGGUAGACCUCAAUCUAGUGGUGCGAAUUCUAUUAGACUCACUUGA